CAUGCAGGAUGGUUUGGGUCUUCCAGUGAUGAAACAGCUGGAAUUGGAGGCCGGUGACGGUGUCCUACCACAGACAGAGAGGACCAAGCGUUGUGCCUGCAGCAGCCCAAUGGACUCUGAGUGCCACUACUUCUGCCACCUGGAUAUAAUCUGGGUCAACACACCCAGUAAGACAACAGUUUAUGGUCUAGGCAGUGCUCUGUCCAGACGCAGGCGGUCCACUUGGCGCUGCACCUGUGCCAACCCUGUUGAUCAGACCUGCACCAGCUUCUGCCUUCACAGCUCAGAAAUCACUUCCACAAAGGGAUCUGUAAAGAGACGUCAACUCAACAUAUUCAACAUCCUAAGAGCUGUGGUCAGCCGGUCCAAGAGACCUCUGGAUGCACCUUGUUCAGACAAGUCUUCUGAAGCUCAGAAGAAGAAAGCUCGCUAAACAAUGUGGCUGUG